AAAUGAGGUCGAACGCAUCAUCCCCGCCGCCGCCAUACGACGAGUCGGACGCAGCGCGCAAGCACGACCUUCAGGCCUCGUUUGCGCAGCUCACCCGCCAGCACGUCGAGAUCCGGAUCCUAUUCAUGAAGGUCGCCACGGAGCUCGAGGCGUCGCCUAAGAUUGGCGGUGAGCACAUGCUGGCGAAAGAGUGGGAUGCGUUGUCCAAGAAACACAAGAAGCUGUACCGAGAUUCGCAGCACAACGCAAGCGCGUGCGCGAGCUUUCUCAAGCACUAUGCCGGCGUUCUCAUCCCUCUGUCUAACGGCCGGGCAACGACGGAAGAACAGAAAGCUAUAAUCACCAACUUCAUGGAGGGUAUCCCAGGACACAAGGAAUCGGCUAGGCAGAUCUCCGAAAACUUUGACGAGCUUGCAAGGGAAGUCGAACUAUUUCCCACGAAAGUUGAGAGGACCCUCAAGGAAGCCGAGAGUGGUUGGCUCCAGACGCUGAAGUCUGGUGUGGAGUGGGUUUACAAUGCCAUUGAGAAGGGUCUACGAAUGCUGCUUACUUCCAUCAUUAAUGCAUUCCGAAGCGUACUCUCUUGCGCUAAGGAGAUGCGCUUCUCUUGCGGCCCAUUUGUGAGGCACAUGGAUGUUAGCAUCGUUAUAGCUCCUCCACCCUCGGGCUCCUCCUCGAAGGGUGAGCUGCACGACGUGAAGGCUGCCGCUGAAGAGAUCGCCGAGAAACUCACUGGCUUCGAGGACGCGUGGCACUUGACCUCGAUCGCGUGCAAUGACCUGCUGCGUAACGUUGAGCGUGCUGAUUAUCUCUCUUCGAUGCCUGGCUCUUUCCACGCGUAUCUUGAGCCAGCUGAAAUUCAAGGCGUAUAUUAUCCCAUGGUGCAUUGCAUGGAAGCGUACGCUCGGGGGAAGUCGCUCGUUUAGGGGAAUUUGUCAGAAUUCCUCUCAGUUCGUCGCGCUUCGUUGUCGCUUAAUUGUCACUUGUCUUCUUUCUCUGACUAGGAUUAUGCACUUGCUGUAAUUUUAGGAAUGCCUAGCCUGUCCACUUGGCUCUCGCAUGUUGUCCUUGUGGAAUGAAGUAACAUAACUGGAAUGGAGAUUAAGAUGUUUGACUGGCCCCUAUUCGUGGACAUACUUGCAUAUGGAGAUGGCUACUGUAUAGCUGAUGCAUCAAGCUAUGUGGCGAUGAAAAACUCUGGCAUCCCGGCCU